AUGUUUCUCCUACCGCUGCUCCUGCUAAGGACUGCCGCGAGCAGAUGCCUGCAUGAGGAGACCCAGAAGUCUGUGACCCUUCUCCAGCCCCAUCUCUCCCAACUUGCCCCCAACUUCCGCUCUUCCACCCUCACCCUGCCUGGCUCCCGUGACCCUCAACCCCUGAGAAUCCGAACCUGCUAUAUCAGAGACCCUGUAUCAGAUGGAGCUUGGGAUCCUGAGGGAGCCAGGAUGAGAGGGGGACCCGGAGCCCUGGCCCUGGCCGCAGCCAGACAGGCUGCUCAGCAACUCCAGGGGAUCCUCGCAGUGCAAGGCCCCCUGCUUCUGAGUCGAGACCCCGCACAGUACUGCCAUGCUGUCUGGGGGGACCCAGACACGCCAAACUACCACAGAUGCAGCCUCUUGAACCCAGGGUACAAAGGAGAGAGUUGCCUGGGGGCAAAGAUCCCUGAUGCCCAUCUCCGUGGUUAUGCAUUGUGGCCAGAGCAGGGUCCCCCACAACUGGUCCAGCCAGAUGGGCCCGGGGUCCAAGACACUGAUUUUCUCCUAUAUGUGUGGGUGGCCCACACUUCCAAGUGCCAUGGAGAGAGGGGGAGCCUGUGUGACCCUGGGAUCAUGACCUGAGCCGAAAGCAGACGCUUAACCAGCUGAGCCACCCAGGCGCCAGGAGCUAAGCCCUUUCAAACCAUCCCUUGGUACUGAGUUCCCUGGGUGUCUAUUUUCAGGAAGAUUUUCUCUGUGUUCCCUCACUUCCCUGCUUCCCUCCUCUACCUUGUCCUGGCCCAUCCAUAGCCCUCUGUCAUGGCCUAUGCUGCCUGCUGCCAUCUGGACUCGGAAGACAGACCCCUUGCUGGGACCAUCGUCUACUGUGCCCAGCAUCUCACCAGCCCCAGCCUCAGCCACAGUGACAUCGUCACGGUCACACUCCAUGAAUUGCUCCAUGCUCUGGGUUUCUCUGGACAGCUCUUCAAGAAGUGGCGGGAUUGCCCCUCAGGACCCAGUGCUAGAGAGGACUGUUCAACAAGGCAACAAGUGACAAGGCGAGAUGAGUGGGGACAGCUGCUUCUCACCACCCCAACUGUUAGCCACAGCCUGGCCAGACACUUGGGAGUGCCAGGGGCUUCACCCGGUGUUCCCUUGGAAGAAGAGGGCCCUUCGUCUUCGCACUGGGAGGCCCGACUGCUCCAGGGUUCUAUAAUGACUGCUACCUUCGAUGGUGCCCGGCGCACUCGACUCGAUCCCAUCACUCUUGCUGCCUUCAAAGAUUCGGGCUGGUACCGAGUCAAUCACAGCGCUGCAGAGGGGCUGCUGUGGGGCCGGGGAUCUGGCCCGGAAUUUGGCCUGGUGACUACGUGUGGGGCUGGCUCCUCAGACUUCUUCUGCACUGGCAGCGGACUGGGCUGCCACUACCUGCAUCUAGACAAGGGAAGCUGUUCCUCGGACCCCGCGCUGGAAGGCUGCCGCAUGUACAAGCCCUUGGCCAAUGGGAGCGAAUGCUGGAAGAAGGAAAAUGGGUUCCCACCUGGGGCAGAGAACCCCCACGGGGAAAUUUACCAUUCCCAGAGUCGUUGCUUCCUUGCCAACCUCACUUCACAACUGCUCCGUGAGGACAAGACCGGGCAUCCCUCUGAGAUCCCACACCCGAAGGAAGCAGAGCUCACUGGCCGCUGCUACUUACAUCAAUGCACAGAGAGAGGAGCAUACAAGGUGCAGGCGCAGGGGUCACCCUGGGCCCCAUGCCUUCCUGGAAAGGCCAUUCAGAUACCUGGGUACUCAGGUCUUCUCUUCUGUCCCCGGGGUCGGCUGUGUCAAACUAACGAAGUUACCAAUGCUGUUACUUCCCCACCUGUGAGUCUUCCACCCCAAGACCUGUCAUUCCAGCUGUCUUUACAAUUAGCUGGGCCCCCAGGCCACUCGGUGGGGAAGGAAGAGCUGGACGGGCUGACUGAAGCGGUACUCCAGGCUCUGGUGAGCAGAGGCAGCCCCAGCAGGUGCUAUUUCCACAGCCCCUCCACUACCACUAGUCUGGUGUUCACUGUGUACAUGGGCAAGUCCCCUGGCUGCCAAGGGCCUUCAGUUGGUAUGCUGCACAGGGCCCUGACCCUGACUCUCCAGAAGAAGCCCCUAGAAGUACAUUUUGGAGGAGCCAGCUUUACCACAGGACACACCAAGUUGCUGGUUACCUUGGACCGUAAUCCCUUUGUGACCCAUCUAGCACUGUCCACAGGACUCUGCCUAACACUGCUUAUUCUGGUGGGUGCACUGGGAACCGUGGCCUAUCAGAAACGAGCUACUCUUCGGGUGGCACCAUCUGCCCCUCACCAUUCACCAGAGCUCCAAGACACAAGGGGCCCAGCUGGGGGAAUAAGGGAGGUGUGA